UGCCUCCCUAGAAGCGAGUCCUCAGUUGCCCGUGCGAGUCUCACGAUUCCAAAAAACUCAGGGCAUUAGGCGCGAGAAGGAUUUACUCCAACUGCCCUUUCCUGGGACAAAUCAAGGGUUACCAGAGCGACGCCCAGGCUGUGAAGGCGUUCUCUGCGCCUGCGCGGGAUACCAUGGCAACAGUACCGGGUCGGAGACGCCACUUGAAAAGCAAAGCUCUUUUGCAUUGCUUCACUGUGGAGCCCAAGUCUUUCUCUAGACUUUUUAUUUGUUUGUAGCUUGGAAUCAAUUUACGAUCUUAUUUUUCUUUUCAAGAGCUUAGCACUGAAGUGAUAGCCAAUUGCAUGAAGUAGAAAAUAUAUAACUUUUCUCUCUCCUGCGUCAUCAUUUUGAUCAUGGAAGAAAAAUAAUGCUGAGAAACUGCUCAUUGGAGCAUUCAGGUUUCCUCCUUUUAUCCUGUGAAAAAGAAGAGACGAAUAAGACUUUAUUUCCUUGUGCUUUUUUUUUUUAAUUUAUUCAGCUUGGGUUUCCACAGUGUGCAGACAACCCGGUAGCGCCUGCGUUCUCUGCAUACAGCCGGUUUAUACUUCACAAAACCUGAUGCUCUCCAAGUGAGCUAGUGUGUAAAAUAUCGGUGAAGGGAAACAAGGGCUUUCUCUGUCAGCAGAUGUUGCUUUUUAAGAUGAUGGUUGCUUACUGGUGGCGUUAUGAUCUUGUUUAGAAAACGAAUGUUUUAAGACGCGUUAUUGCAGACUAGUCUUCUUAAGCUGUCUGUUGACGGCUUAAAAUUGUGUCUUGAAAAAACUCUUCCCGUUUUUUAAGUUUCAUCGUUUACUCCCAGGGGAGCAUUUGGCAAAAGUACAAAUCUUCAGAGUUUCCUAGUGGGUGCUAUAACUUCUUGUUACUAUGUUUUCUCAGACUGCAUCCCUAUUUCGCAGUACGACUGAGAGCUACUUGCUAUAUAAAUAAACUGAUUAGAAUUCAGAUAACUGUUAAUAAGUUUUAAAUGGAGUUGUGUUUCUCGGGACCAAGUAGGGCUUAUAAUAACAAGUGAAGUAACUUAAAGGAUUCUACAUCCUGGUUUUGAACACUAUGCAUUCCAGAAUAUCAAGUGCUUAGUUGUACCAGAAACUUUAAGAUGAUUUCCUCUAGUGCUAACAACAAGCUGCAGUCAAUGACAGCAACACGCUACUUUUCACAUAGUCUGUAAAUAACAUCCAUGUAAAGUUUUCUCCCCCAUCCUUUUUCUGGUCAGUGUCAACAUCCUGCAAUCUGUGUAGCUCUAAUAUUAAAAACAACAAACCAAAGCCUCUUUUCUCUUGAAAUUUUCAUGUUCAAGUCCUUCGUGACCCUAUUCAGUGGCCUGUAACUGUCCCAGAUUCCCUAAUUCUCCGUGAUGUGUGUUUCUGCUGCUUCCGGAAGAUAAACUGCAGUUUUAGCAGAUCCUGGGAUAAUGAGAUUGGGAGUGCCUGGAGGAAGGCUGGGAAGGAAACAAAGGGAGGGAAGGUUGGGAGGCAGAGACAGAUUUAUAGUGGCUUGUAAUAAAAUGUAUUAUCCUUGCUUCUGUGUGACAUAGUUUCCACUUCAUUGACUUCAAGUAAAUUUAUUUUGAAAAUUAGUCUUUUACAUAAUUAUAAGAGAUAGAGUUAUAAAAACUCUGUAUGAUAAAGGUGUUUUGUGUUAGGAUUCCUUAACAUAAAGUACUAUGUACAUACAUACGUGUGUGUGUGUGUGUGUGUGUGUGUGUAUGUGUGUGUGUGUGUUGCUAGGGAUUGAACCCAAAGCCCCACUUUUGCAUACUAGGAAAGCAGUUUAUAUCAGGCUUUGUGAAAAUUCUUAAGGUGUUUUAUAUUUAAUUUAUUAAUUUAGUCAACACAUAUUGAGAAUUUAUAUGUAAAGCAAGAUGAAUAAAUUCAGUUUCUUGGCCUCAAUGAAUUAAGAGUCCUGGGUUGUAGAAUAAUUCUAAUGCAGCUUCUGGUUUUUGGGGUGGCAGUACCACCUUUGGUGUCUUUUCUUUUGUCCCCUAGUGCUGGGGACCAGACUCAGCUUCUCACUUAUGAUAUACAGGCAUGCUACCAUUGACUGCACCUAAACUGAAGGCUUUGGUAUUCUUAAGAGAAUAGUCAACCUGACCCUGAUUAGAUGUCUAGAGUCAAAUAAAUGGUUAACUUACUUGUUAUUAAAAAGUGGUUGUAGGUUUUUUUGUUUGUUUCUUUUCUUUUCUUUUUUCUUUUUUCUUUUUUUUUACUUCUGGCAAUUUAGUUAAGUCUAUUAUGUGCACAUGUGUACCUAACAUUGACACAGCCCUCAAACUUGUAAUCUUGGCAAGUGUAGUGCUUAGUGAGAAACCCAGAAGCCUUCAGCUCAUGUUUCCCAGGGGAAGCUACUUGAGUACUUCAGCACUCCUUUGUUCUGGCUCCCUGUGUCCUGACACAGUGAACCUGCUGCUAGCUUCCUUCCAAGAAGAGUUGGGCUUCAUGCUUGAAAGAUUGUGACUGUUACUUCUCUGAGGAGAAAAAAAAAAACAUGGAUGCAAAAUUAAGAAUGGAUGAAGGGAAUACACUGGAACGUUUUAACUUUUAAAAUAGGUAACAUUUAUUGAGUCCAGACUAAUGAAGUCCCUAUGUCCACUAUAAGAACUCUAUCAAAAUCUUGACCAUGGUUGACAAAUAUUUCUUCUUGCCAUUUCUAGGACAGAGGGUAGAGAGGAUUCUGGCCCCUUUUUUCUCCACCACUUCACGGGUUCAGUACAGAUUAUAAGGUCAGAGACGCGCUGAGGAGCAUGCCCAUUUGGUUAUGGCCCUUUGUCUAGUAAAACCAGACUCAGCUGUGAAUUGUGGACCAAGUGGUGCAGAACUCAUUACUUUGAACAAUGCCUUCCCUGCCUGCAAAGUGUGUUCUCUCUUCUCCCUGGCAGGGGCUUAUUCCAGGCUAACUGUGGUCACAAGGAAAAUCAUUUAGACACAGUUCAGCAGGCGCUUACUUGCUUGUCUUUGACACCCGUGACCAGUUUUGUUUAGGGAGAAAUCCAGUAUUGCUGUGAUAGGGUGUGCCAAAUUGGAAGGGCACUUUAGGAAGCCCAUGAAGAAGUUUACACAGCUUUUUGCUAUUAUCAUCAAAGUUUCUGUCUUCUGUGCUUCAAAGUAGAGGACAGGAUGGAUAAAGAGGGGCAACAUAAAAAAAUGUUUAUGCUAAAGUUAAAAACGUCCUUUCCAGCUCUGCAUUUUGGAUACAGCAAGUGCUUGGGUCUUGCAGGCCGUACAGAGCAGAGAAAGAUGACUCUACCAUAUGUGUUGCACACAUGAGGAAGCCAAGGAUUAAAGCUACUAAGUGAUUUUAAAUUCCUAAAGCUAACAAAUGGCAGACCGGGGAUGAAAGCACAGAGCUAUUGAUUUCUGAUCUCGCCGUUUCGGAAAUCUAGAGAAGCAUACAUCAAACCCUUACUUGUGGACCUGCUGUUAAUAGAGUUAUUUGAAGUCAGUUUAAUUGCAGAAGCAAAAUGGUGAAACAGUAGCCAUUGAAUAGGUUUUUUAAUCUGACAGUGAGUAGAACUGACCAUGCAUAUGUUCUGAUAAUAUCUUUGGUUCCAAACAUACACACACACACACACACACACACACAGACACACACACACACAUAAUGAAAAGACAUGUUUUAUUUAUGUAGAUGAAAAGAGUCCCUUAGCAAUUGGAGAUUGCUAGUCUGUAAUCUAGUAGAUUCUUGUCUGGUAAGAGUUCUGGAAGAAAUGAACUAGGCUUAUAUUUUAUGUCUCUUUACAACCCAUUUUGAUCCAAGGAGGUUACAGUUAUCCCACAAUGCUGAUGAGACUUAGAGAGGUUACUUUCUUGCCUAUGUUGCACAUAGGUUGAGAAGAGAUUUGGAAUUUGAGCCUAGGUUUGUCUACCUCAGUGUUCAGGACUGCAAGAACACAUUUAUGCAAAACAGAGUUGAUUUUAUUUUUAAGUCCCACACUUCAUGCAAAGUAUUGACAUGUAGAAGUGUUCCUGCUCUGCAGUGAGUCGAGAAGCUUCAUUCUGGAGGUUAGGAGGUUAUACAUUUGGGUCUGGUUCCAAAAAAAUUUAAGACUUUGUUUAUAAACCGUGUUGGCUAUUUGUUCAGAAGUGAGCAAUGGUUAGCUUCUUUUCUCCAGAGCUCGGUACACACCAAAGCAGCCCACUAUCACUUCCGGUCUGUUGCCUUCUUGUGUUAGAUCUGAGAGGACCAUUCACCAGCCUAAGGUCUCUUUUCUGACAAAACAGAAAUCUUGGUUUUACGUUAGAUUACCUUCACCUACCUCUUUUUCUUGAAAUGUAUUUUGAAACUUGUUGCAGGGAUGGAGUGAUGAGGUUUUAUUAAAAUGCUUUUCAAGUUUGGGAUCGUUUUUUUAAUUUUUAAUGUGGUUAAGCUAGAGUUCUGGCAGUCCUAAAGCGUCUGCUGGAGUGCUGGAUAAGUGUGAUCCGAUUGCAUGAACCUGAUUGCAGUCAGUACACUUUAAAGUGUCUUUAUCCUUGAAAAACUGAGGCUCAAGAAUGCUCAAGCCCUCACAGCCCACUGGGGCUGGGUUGUAGCUGGACUGGGCCUCGAACCUAAGUCCGUAGUAGAGGUAGGAGUCUAGUGUCUUUGAUAGCGCAGCAUACAGUCCUUCCCUCUGUUUUCCUCCGUAUUGUCUGGUUCUAGUUAGUUCCCAGCCCUUCAUCUCCUCCGGCAUCAAGUACUCCAGACUGAUCUUGAACUCAAGGUUUAGUUGUAGAUCGCUUUGGACUCCUGAUCCUCCUACCUCCUGAAAACUGGGAUUGCACAUUUCCAUGCCUACCUUGAAUUAUUUUCUUUGAUUCUUUUCUCUGUGGCCGUGUCUUCCCCAAGGAACUUAACUAACCUGUCCAGCUAGUCACCUGUCAAAUUACCCUGGAAGUCUGGAAGGUCUAGCUAGGGCUGGUGUAAGUGAGUUACUGAUUAACUAAUGACAGACCGCGUGAUUUCUUUUCACCAGUCUUUAUUUCCGGUUGCUAGUCUACAAGAAUCAAACAUUCAAAUUCAGCUUCCCACUUCCUUCUUCCCGCCUCUUGGAUGUAAUAAAGGGGCCCCAGGAUAGAAGAACAGAUCUCCGCGGAGCGCUAAUAAAAACCUCUGCAAAAAAUCACCCUUGGUGAAACGUGGAAGGGUUGUCAGGGACCAGAAUCCAGGAACAGAAGCGAGGUAACUUCAUUUUGAUGCUGUGCCAGAGAUCCUCCGGCAAUGAGCUACUGGAACGGCGAGAAGAGGAACUGUGUGCAGUACCGCAGGCAUUUUCUAGUAGACAACCGUGUGUUUCAUGUUGAAAGAUGCAUGAGUGUAAUGCAGUCCGGGACACAGAUGAUCAAGCUGAAGCGUGGCACCAAAGGUCUCGUUCGCCUCUUUUACCUGGAUGAACACCGGACCCGCCUUCGAUGGCGACCCUCUAGGAAGAGUGAGAAGGCAAAAAUACUUAUUGAUUCCAUCUACAAAGUCACCGAGGGCAGGCAGUCUGAAAUUUUCCACAGACAGGCUGAGGGGAACUUUGAUCCCAGCUGCUGCUUUACCAUCUACCAUGGCAACCACAUGGAGUCCCUGGACCUCAUUACCUCCAACCCAGAGGAGGCACGCACCUGGAUCACGGGCCUCAAGUAUCUGAUGGCUGGCAUCAGUGAUGAAGACUCCCUUGCCAAGAGGCAAAGGACCCAUGACCAAUGGGUGAAGCAGACCUUUGAGGAGGCUGAUAAGAAUGGUGAUGGCUUAUUGAAUAUUGAAGAGAUUCACCAGCUGAUGCAUAAACUAAAUGUCAAUCUGCCUCGAAGAAAAGUCAGGCAAAUGUUUCAGGAAGCGGACACAGAUGAGAAUCAGGGGACCUUGACAUUUGAAGAGUUCUGCGUUUUUUACAAAAUGAUGUCAUUGAGACGAGACCUCUAUUUGCUGCUCUUGAGCUACAGUGACAAGAAAGACCACCUUACUGUGGAGGAGCUAGCUCAGUUCUUGAAGGUGGAACAAAAGAUGAGUAAUGUCACACUGGACUAUUGUCUGGACGUCAUAAAGAAGUUCGAAGUUUCUGAAGAAAACAAAGUGAAAAACGUCCUCGGUAUAGAAGGUUUCACGAACUUCAUGCGUAGCCCUGCUUGUGAUGUAUUUAACCCUUUGCACCAUGAAGUAUACCAAGACAUGGAUCAGCCUCUCUGCAAUUACUACAUUGCUUCUUCUCAUAACACAUACCUGACUGGGGACCAGCUCCUUUCUCAAUCCAAAGUGGACAUGUAUGCACGGGUGCUACAAGAGGGAUGUCGAUGCGUGGAAGUUGACUGUUGGGAUGGCCCAGAUGGAGAGCCAGUGGUCCACCAUGGUUAUACUCUCACUUCAAAAAUUCUCUUCAAAGAUGUUGUGGAGACCAUCAACAAGCAUGCAUUUGUUAAAAAUGAGUUUCCCGUUAUACUGUCCAUUGAGAACCACUGCAGUAUUCAGCAGCAGAGGAAGAUUGCUCAGUACCUGAAAGGAAUAUUCCAGGACAAACUGGACCUGUCAUCUGUAGACACAGGAGAGUGCAGGCAGCUUCCAAGCCCUCAGAGUCUGAAAGGCAAAAUCCUGGUGAAGGGCAAGAAGUUGCCAUAUCACCUUGGGGAUGAUGCAGAGGAAGGAGAAGUGUCCGAUGAGGACAGUGCAGAUGAAAUUGAAGAUGAAUGCAAGUUCAAGCUGCAUUAUAGUAACGGGACCACUGAGCACCAGGUAGAAUCUUUCAUACGGAAAAAGCUGGACUCACUGUUGAAGGAGUCUCAGAUUCGAGACAAGGAAGACCCAGACAGUUUCACAGUGAGGGCGUUACUCAAGGCUACACAUGAAGGCUUAAAUGCACACCUGAAGCAGAACCUGGAUGUGAAGGAAAGUGGAAAGAAGUCCCAUGGGCGAUCCCUGAUGGCCAACUUUGGGAAACACAAGCAGAAAACUCCAAAAUCACGUUCUAAAUCCUAUAGUACUGAUGAUGAGGAAGAUACACUACAGAAUCCUGGCAAGGAGGGAGGCCAGCUGUACAGGCUGGGCCGCCGAAGGAGAACCAUGAAACUCUGCAGAGAGCUCUCGGACUUGGUGGUGUACACAAACUCUGUGGCAGCCCAGGAUAUUGUGGAUGAUGGGACCACAGGGAAUGUGUUGUCCUUCAGUGAAACAAGAGCACAUCAAGUGGUUCAGCAGAAGUCAGAGCAGUUCAUGAUCUACAACCAAAAACAGCUCACGAGGAUUUACCCCUCUGCCUACCGCAUCGAUUCCAGUAACUUCAACCCUCUGCCCUACUGGAAUGCGGGCUGCCAGCUAGUGGCUCUGAACUACCAGUCUGAAGGGCGAAUGAUGCAGAUAAAUCGAGCAAAAUUCAAAGCAAACGGCAACUGUGGCUACAUUCUCAAGCCCCAGCAAAUGUGCAAAGGAACAUUCAACCCUUUGUCUGGUGACCCACUUCCUGCCAACCCCAAAAAACAGCUCAUACUGAAAGUGAUCAGUGGACAGCAACUCCCCAAACCCCCUGACUCUAUGUUUGGAGACCGAGGCGAGAUCAUUGACCCUUUUGUUGAAGUUGAAAUUAUUGGGCUUCCUGUAGACUGUUGCAAGGACCAAACUCGUGUGGUGGAUGACAAUGGAUUUAACCCUGUGUGGGAAGAAACCCUAACUUUUACAGUUCACAUGCCAGAAAUAGCUUUGGUUCGAUUUCUUGUGUGGGAUCAUGAUCCUAUCGGAAGAGACUUUGUGGGACAACGGACCGUGACCUUCAGCAGCCUCGUGCCUGGCUACCGGCAUGUCUACCUGGAAGGCCUCACAGAAGCGUCUAUUUUCGUUCACAUAACAAUCAAUGAGAUCUUUGGAAAGUGGAGUCCUUUAAUCCUCAACCCCAGUUAUACCAUAUUGCACUUUCUAGGAGCUACAAAGAACAGACAGCUCCAAGGCUUGAAGGGACUGUUCAAUAAGAAUCCCAGGCACGGUUCUUCAGAAAAUAACUCCCAUUAUGUUCGGAAGCGAUCAAUUGGAGAUAGAAUUCUGCGACGUACAGCCAGUGCUCCAGCCAAAGGCAGGAAAAAGAGCAAAGUGGGCUUCCAAGAAAUGGUUGAGAUAAAAGAUUCUGUCUGUGAGGCUACAAGAGAUCAAGAUGGUGUCCUGAGGAGGACCACACGGAGUCUGCAACUGCGCCCUGUCUCUAUGCCUGUUGACAAGAACCUUCUGGGGGCUUUGUCACUGCCUAUCUCUGAAGCAGCAAAAAACACAGAUGGAAAAGAAAACUAUCUGGCAGAGGACAAGGAUGAUGGAAGAAAGGGGCCAGCAACUAUAAAAGACCCACAUUUUUCCAAUUUCAACAAAAAGUUAUCCUCCUCCUCCAGUGCCCUCCUCCACAAAGAUGCCAAAAACCAAGGGCCAACAGCCAGUGUAUCAAACCCAGAACAGUGUGGAGGACUAGGUUUAAAGAGUGGGAGAAUCAAACCACAUAUGACAAAUGAUUGCCAGGAAAACCGCAGUCCCCAAAACUUCCUCUCUCCAAGGAAGCAUUUGGCACUUGAUCCCGCAACCAAGGGACUGCAAGAUCUGCAUGGAAUGAGAACUGAUGAAAAGGAGCAGGAGCGUGCCAAGGGCUUUGUGGGAAGGAAAAGCACGCAGAGCGAAAGUGUUCUUUCUCAAAGUUCUCUGGAGGUGGAGAAUCUGGAAGGCAGCAAGGCCAAGGGCAGAGCUGCAACGUCCUUUUCUCUCUCCGAUGUCUCUGCACUCUGUUCUGACAUUCCUGAUUUGCAUUCAACUGCCAUUCUGCAGGACACUGAAAUUUCCGAUCUCAUUAAUGAUGUGACUUUAACAAAUGCAAAUGAGUCGGGCAGUUCCAUCUCAGCACUGAUCGGCCAGUUUGAAGAGAGCAACCAUCGGGCUAACGUUGCCGUGGUUUCUCGUCUCCUUAGCACCAGUGGGACAUCAGAAGGUGUUGCUUUGCCAGUCGCGUUGGGCCUACAAACACCCAUCAAGAAUGGCUUUUCCCAGGGGAAGCACAAGGCCUCCUUCUUGUGCUCAUCUCCUGAGUUGAACAAGCCCUCUAGUGCGGAAACCACCAAACUGGCAAAUAACACAGUUGCCUGUGGAGUGAUUGGCUCUCCCAUCUCUACACCAAAGCCAGGUGAUGACGCUUCUGAUAAAGCCAAGACAAGGGUCACGGAAGACAACCUGCCUGAUUCCCCUGAUGCUUUUCCUGGCCAGUUUCCCCAAAGCCCCACCCACGGAGAGGACCAUAGGCAAGUGAUGAGCAGCCCUGCUCUCUCCAUGCCGUUGGCCAUGGAAGAUACAACAGCUGACCCCGCUCUCUGUAUAAAUUCUGAGGAGAGCAGUCUUGUGGAAAUUGAUGGAGACUCUGAAAGCCUAUCUCUAACAGCCUGUGACUAUGGGGAAGAAGCUCUGAGUCAACUUGUUUCUCCACUAAAACUGCAGCAGAGCCAGGAGACGGUGGAACACAUCCAGAAAGGCUUGAGCAAUGGCUACUGUAAAGAGACUCUCCUCCCUUCUGAAAUAUUCAACAAUAUUCCAGGUGUCAAAAAUCAGAGUAUUUCUCAUCUAACCUAUCAGGGUGCUGGCUUUGUGUAUAACCAUUUCUCAAGUUCAGAUGCAAAAACGAACCAAAUCUGUGGGCCCCAGCAGCCUAGGGCUCCAGAUAUGCAUGUCCCUACACCCACACCCUCGACACAUGCCCCUUUGGCUGCUUUGAAACUGCCAAGCCCAUGCAAAUCCAAAAGUCUGGGGGACUUAACAUCAGAGGACAUUGCCUGCAAUUUUGAAAGCAAAUACCAAUGUAUUAGUAGGAGUUUCGUGACAAACAGCAUUAGAGACAAGAGCGUGACUAUGAAGACAAAGUCAUUCGAGCCUCUAGAUGCCCUAACUGAACAGCUCCGGAAGCUGGUGUCCUUUGACCAAGAAGACAGCUGUCAAGGGUUAUACUCAAAGCAGGAUGUCAAUCAGUGUCCCAGGGCCUUAGUCAGAAAGUUGUCCUCUAGAAGUCAGAGCAGAGUUCGCAACAUUGCUAGUCGUGCCAAGGAGAAGCAGGAAGCUGGCAAGCAAAAAGCUAUGACUCAGAACCCCAGAGGAGGAGUGGUCCUUAGAAGUAAACCGCCAGCUCCUACUCUGGCUGUGAACCGUCACUCCACGGGCUCAUACAUUGCAAGCUACCUGAGGAACAUGAAAGCUAGUGGCCUAGAAGGUCGCGGCAUCCCAGAGGGAGCAUGCACAGCCCUUCGCUACGGCUACAUGGACCAGUUCUGUUCAGACAAUUCAGUUCUGCAGACUGAGCCAAGCAGUGAAGAUAAACCCGAAAUUUAUUUUCUUUUGAGGCUUUGAACUAUAUAAAGCUACAUCUUCAUUGUUUACAUGAUAUUCUCUAAGAUGUUAGUUUUUUUUUCCAUUGUCAGUAAAUAUGAUACUGGGCUUGGAAAUGAUUUCCAAAUGUACUUUUAAACUUGUAUUUUGGUCUCCUGUUGCUCAUGCAUUUGUACAUAGAUUCUGUGACAUGUCCCCGGAACCCACGACCUUUCCCCGGAGGUAUUGUAAACUGUGUCAGUAUAAAAUGUGUGCAUGACCUCCAUGUGAACCUUCUCAGCAGCUUGGGUCACAGUGUGCAUAUGUUGCACAGAAAUGUUUUUCCCCGUGUCCUCCGAUCACAGCCCCAGAGGCUGUCGCCGUUACUCACUAGGUGUUGAGCUGAUUGAGUUUAAACUUUGAGAACCAUAAAGGGAUGGUUUCUUUGUUGGGAGCUACAUUUUCCUUCUGAAUUGAGAGACACAGAUUCACUUUUAUAAUCCACUUAAGACCAUUGUUUUAAGUAGUUACCUUGCCCUUUCUGAGUUCCACAUGCCACCAAAGUGGGAAUUCCAUAAAGAUGGACAGCCUCUCUCCAACCCCCAAAGUCCCUUUUAGAAUAGGCCGUGAGGAAGAAAGUGAACUUCUGUAUAUAGGGACAAAUUAGUUUGUUUUGCAAUAAAUUUUGUUACAUAUUUUUUGCUAAAGGCUUUGUAUGUAACAAGAAUCUAUUUGCCAAGCUAUCUGUCAUCCUUUUGGAUUAUCUAAUAUUAUAGAUUGAAAAUAAUGGCUUUCAGAAUGAGAAACUUUCAGCUGGGUGUGGUGGCUCACAACUUUAAUCCCAGCAGAGGCAGGUAAGUUCGAGGCUAGCCUGAUCUACAUAGUAAGCUCCAGGCCAGUCAGAACUAAAUACUAAGACCCUGUCUUAAGACAACAACAAAAGGAUAGCAAGAGACUUACAUUAGACUUAAAGCCCAAAGUAGUGUAAACAGAAACUUCCCCAAAGCACUCAAGAAAAAAAGUAUUUUCUCAUAAUCCAAGUGGCUAGAUAAUUAAAAGAAACCGUUUCCCUUUAGGGAACCAAGUAACUAUAUUUUAGUACUGACAUAUAUUAUUUUCAUUGUGAAUCCAUUUUUUAUUGCAUGUUCAGAUGUCAUUUGCUUUUUGUACCAUGAAUUACAAUGAUGUUCUUCCCAGACUUCAUAAAAAUAUAAUUAAAGGAGAUUUUUGAACA